AUGUCGUCGUUCUUUGGUCUCCAUGAUAUGGGCCGUCUCUCUCCGAGCGAAGGAGUAUCUCGCACGGGGGACAAUCUAAGACCGGGCAGUGGAGGGGCGAGCACCCCGUCUCCAGGUCAGAUUUCAGCCAUGAUGAUGCACAAUCCGAAAAGAGCAUACAGGCAAAGGAGAAAAGACCCGAGCUGUGAUGCUUGCCGCGAGCGCAAGGUCAAGUGCGAUGCGACCGAGACGUCGAGUUGUACCGAGUGUUCGAGUCGCAAUGUCCGUUGCCAGUUUACCAAGGACACCAACCGGCGCAUGUCCUCGAUCAAGCUCGUACAGGACUUGGAGCGACAACUAAUGGAAGCCCGACAACAGCUGGAGCGAUAUCAUUCAGUUGAGCGAAAUGCUGAUCUCUCCGCUGACCUUCACGCCGAAACUGCCUCGCCGGGCUUCGCGGAGUUCCCGUCCAUCGGCAAAUCGCCGCGACGGAUGUUGAAAGCAAGAGCACCUCAGGACCUCACAAGUGCCAGGACGCAGUUGAAUGACGUUGGUCGCGGUUUGUUGAAGCCUCCAGUUACGGGAGUCCAACCUCGAUCACAUACCACACACACUCGUAUUUCGGACCUACAGGGCUUGCCUUCGCAACCCGUUGCAGAAAAUCUACUUCACUACUAUCACGAAUAUCUCCACCGUCUUUUCCCCGUCCUCUACUGGCCCAAAUUCCAGCGAAAUUUUGCAGCAGCAAUGGAAAGAGGGAACGGACAAUCCCUACCGACCGACUGGGUGGCGACGUUGUACGCCGUCCUCGCAUGCGGCGCCCUUGCGACACACGAUCGGGGCCGGGUCCCAGAGGCGCAGGAAUACCUGACAAGGGCAAUCUCCACCAUCAAUUUCUGGGAAGAUGACGUGUCUACAAAUCAAGCAAUCGUGGCGUUUCUCGCCAGCAUUGCGCUGAUAGAGAUGAACCGGAAAUCUGCCAGUUGGAUAUGGCUAGGCUCUGCAAUUCGCAUUGUCCAGGACCUUGGGUUGCACGUACAAGGGGGUCAAUGGUCGCCCAUUGAGGGUGAGAUGCGCAAGCGCAUUUGGUGGUCGUUCUAUGUCUGGGACCGCGUGCUUGCUCUGGAACUCGGAAAGCCGAUGCUCAUCAAUGACGAUGAGUGCGAUACCGAGUAUCCCGAAGUCCUCGACGAAGAGCGCCUGAUGUCCGACCAUACGCACACUCCCCUCGCACCUAAAUUAUUGCUGGCCAAUGUUCACAUAGCCCGGCUCAUGGCGCCGCUGGCGAAGGCUUUUCGGUCUCUUUGCAUCACCAGUGAGACGUUGGCCAAGUUCGAGGGUCACCUGGGUGAAUGCUUGCUCUUGUUUCCCCGACCACUACAACUCUCUUCGACAUCUCCUCUGGAUCCAUGUAUCAUGGCUCCGCUUAUCUCGUUUCAAAAUACACGAAUAAUGCUUCAUCGGCAUAAUUUAUCCCCAUCAUGCUCUUCAGAGCAGAGAGCUCAUGCCAUUGAGCAGUGUCUUCAUGCUUCUCGCGACACCGCAACCAUCCUCUCCAGGUGCAUGGUCCCACAUGUCCAAUCGCACGAGUGGGAGCAGCGGUUCAUUCUCUCCGCGACCACCCUGCUAUGCACCCAUUUAUGGCGGUGUAUGCUCUUCUUGUUGUUUCGACAAGUUUACGACGGGUUUUUUCUCAUCCUGAGAGCGGCUGCUACGAUCAAUGAUGCUCGAAGCAUCAACACAUGCUGCGGAAGACACUUGUCUUUCUUUCUGCGAUGCUUGAUUGAGAGAAUUGAGCAGCCGAGCAUCAUGGACAUCGACCACGACGAGGAGUUGCUAGUCUUCCUGUCGGCGGAUCUGCAAGCCAGCACAAAUAGCUGGGUAUGGGGCAACGCCGAAACAGGCACCCACCUCAGUCGCCGGCAAAAGCACGGCAGACCACGGCACCAGUUUAUUGAACAUGAUCCCCAUUCCUCAGGCGCACAGUCACCGUCGUGGGAUAAUAUGUUGUCCGAGGAAGAACAACACGACUGGGGUGGUUGGCAACACAUUGAGCAAUCAGCCAGAUACCUCCAGCAACUUUCUGAGAGACAGCUCUACCAACAGAAUCAGAUGCAUGUCGCACCCCCAUCUUUACCUAUAUCACCACUAUCCAACGGGCCCGGCCCAGCACAAGGCGGGCUAACAUUGGCACCGAUCAGCACACCGACCGAAACGACCCCAGAUCCGAACCGAGCACGAAUGACAAUUGCAAACAUCAUAUAA